GCCGCCACUCCUCUUCAGUCAGUAUUCGCACGUCGUCGUAACCGUUUGCUUUGUGUAUCGAGCUCGUCUCACGAAUUUCUUUCCGUCGUCGUAUUUACGUGUUUUCCGCGCGCGUUUAUUACCGCACGAUACAUCGGUUUAUCGAUAUAAUUUUUUUACGAGUGUGCAAUUUUUUUUUUUUUUACGUAAAAUUCGGGUUUUUUUGGUUUUCAAAAUCCGGUUUUUUUUAGCGUUUCGUAAAAUAAUCUUCUCCGAAUAAACACGGGCUUUAGUCGUGUCUGCAUUAUAUUUAAUAUACCUACGGGAAAGUGAAAAUUAUUACCUCGUUGUCGGCAUAGGCGUCCGUGCACGAUAAUGUUCGAACCGGUGUCGGCGGUCGGACCCCGCGCGAAUUUCCAGCAGAUCACUUAACGUGAAAGCGGCGAUUGCGUUUAGGAAAAACACAUAGGACACCCCACGACUUUGCAGGAUCCGACUCCGACUCCGCUCAGCUGUCGCAGACGGUACCGAAAGCGAAUACCACAACCACCAUCACCACCAUCCACGCACUGCAGUACAUGGCGGCCGAACGACAGCAGACGUCGGCGGUCCGGCGGGCGUCCGCGGUCGGCCGGUGGGCCGUGGCCGCGGCGCUUUGUCUGGCGGUCACGGUGUAUGCGUGGCACGCGCACGCAGCUUUAGAGCGCCGCGUGGCCACACUGGAGGCCACCGUAGCGGCCAUGCAGCAGCAGUUAUCGGCCGACUAUCCGACGGCGGCCGGGGUCGCGAUGGGACUCGAACAGCCGCUUAGGAACAAGCGGGACGUGACGUCCGGACAGUGUCUCUGCCCUCCAGGGCCUCCCGGCAAACGGGGCAAGCGAGGGAAGAAAGGCGACACCGGUGAUCCUGGACCAGCGGGCCCGGCAGGUCCGCCUGGGAAAAAUGGUUUUCCGGGCCCGAAAGGAAUGAGAGGGACCAGAGGUUCGACGGGACCCAUUGGAUUGGACGGACCGAAAGGCGACGUCGGUCAUCCGGGGGACAAAGGACAGAAAGGUGAUUCCAGCGCACCGAAUUUCGACAUAUACGCCGCGGUUAAGGGAACCAGCAGUAAACGAUCUGUAACGACGCUGAGAGGAGGUACUCUCGGAUACGCAGAAAUCGUAGCCGUUAAGGGCGAGCCGGGAGAACCAGGACCACCAGGACCGAUUGGGGCACGAGGACCCGAAGGAGCAAUGGGGGUAGAAGGUAAACAAGGACCACCCGGCGCUCCAGGAUUGGUUGGACCGAAGGGUGACCGAGGAGAACAAGGGCUGCAGGGCACACCGGGUCUACCUGGACCAAUUGGCGAGAAGGGUCUCAGAGGCGACAAGGGUGAUCGAGGAUUGACGACGACGUUAAAAGGCGAUCAAUUCCCAACAGGCAUCAUCGAGGGUCCACCAGGACCACCGGGACCACCUGGAUUACCAGGUCACAACGGUACGGACGGUAUCUCGGAACCAGGUUUACCGGGACCCCAAGGACCUCCCGGCCUGCCAGGCACGUCUGGUCCUAAAGGCGAAAAGGGAGAUUACGGAGACAUUGGACCUCCCGGUUUGAUGGGACCUCCGGGCUUACCGGGUCCACCUGGAUAUCCAGGCCAAAAGGGUGACAAAGGAGAUAAAGGAGAGUCGAAAUACAACAACAAGAAGAUCAGAAGACGGCAAUUCCAAGGCGACGGUGCUUUCGAAACGAUUAACGAACCGCAGUUAGUGGGACCUCCCGGACCACCAGGACCGGCUGGAUUGCAAGGUCCUCCUGGCAUUAAGGGCGAACGAGGCAAAGACGGUGACAAAGGAGAAAUAGGUGAAAAAGGAUCCAAAGGCGAUCCCGGCCCGAUGGGUUUACCCGGCCCGAUGGGACCAAGAGGAGAUUCGGUCCAGGGGAAGCCCGGCCCGACGGGUCCUCCAGGACUGGACGGGAUGAAGGGUGGUCAAGGGGAGCCUGGUACCAAAGGGGAACGCGGAGAUCCUGGCCUGCCUGGUACGGAUGGCAUUCCUGGUGGUGAGGGUCCCAAAGGAGACAAAGGUUACAAAGGCGAACCUGGUCCGGUCGGUAAAAAAGGCCGGAAGGGCGACAGAGGCGACAAGGGCGAUCAAGGAGUGCCGGGACUGGACGCGCCGUGCCCCAUCGGACUAGACGGGCUGCCGCUGCCCGGAUGCGGUUGGAGGCCGCAAAAGGAACCGACGACCACGACGAAAUCGUACCGGUCGCAGACCACCGCGGAACCGCCGGCGGACGAUUACGACGAGGGCGGUGGAGGCGGCGGCGACGAGGAGACUGGUGGCGAUUACGGUGACGAUUACACCGACGAGACGAACAAUUAUGACCCGACCGUGAAAUAAUAACACCGCUUGCGUUUGUCGUGCCACAGCUAUUAUAGAAGUUCAACGUCGACGACAACAAACUGUUUUAAACCAAAGUUCGGUGUACGUACUAUUAUAAUAUUAUCGAUCAACAUUGAUUUACGACGGGGUCAUUGUGCACCGCAGUUAUUACGUCAUUAUGUUAAUUAUAUAUAUUAUAAACUAGGUAAAUGUACAUAUAUUUUAUAUAAAGACAUACUUAUUUUUUAAGUCAGCGCAGCUGAUGUAAUAGGAACCACGACUUAUACAAACGAAUGGAUUUAUUGUUUUUUUUUUUUUUUAUGUUAUGUAUAAUAAUUACUAUGCCUAACAUUAUAUUAUGAAUUCAAACCCCAUUGUUUGAUGACCCUCCCUGCUCAAAAUCAACUCAGUUCCUUGUUGGUUAACCAUUAAUGCUGAUGACCAUUCUUUCACAUCCGUUUGUUAUUAAUCUGUGUAUAUUAAACUUAGGAGUUUUGUAUUAUGUUAUAACUAUAAUAGUUUGCGUAACAUUUUUUAUUUUUGUUUUUGUAUCGACAACAACUUGUUGUUAAACAUUUUACUAGCAGAAAAAAUUUAGUAAACCGUACAAUGUACAUUAUAUAUUUUGUUACUGAUCUACGGUAUAACUUUACCUUACAAUCCUCAAAAUUUGGGUAUUUUGGUUGCUUACUCAAAUUAUUUAUCUAUUAAAUAAAUGUGUAAUAACAUUAAACUUAAGACAUAAGUACCUAAACUGUGAAAUAUAUUUCAUUUUUUUAAAAAUUAAUUUGUAAUUAUGCAUGGAAUUUAAACAAAUAAAAAGUUAAGUUAAAUUAGUAAAAUAAUUUUUAUUUUAAUCGAAAUUGUGUUCAUUUCAUUAGAAUAAGACAAAAAAAACAUGUGUAAAUUGUUAUUGAAAAGUAUGGUAUACAAUAUAAUAUAUAAGAAAAAAUGAAUUAUACCCACUUUACAUAAAACAAACACUGUAAUAAUGCUAAUAAAUUAUACAUUUAAAAUAAUAAAAUAAUUUAAUAAUAUUA